UCUCUGGCCGAGGCAGAUCCAUCUGGUGCAGAGAGAAAUUGCUGGAACAAAGGUAUUUAUUUACAGUGGGACCACGUCUUUGAUACUGAGCGUAUGUUUCACAUUCUCCUGCUACAGUGCAGUCCUAAACAAAGCGAACUUUAAAUAUCCUCUGGACAUUGCAUAGUCGUGAACUCUCCAAGGUUGAGGAAUAAGUUCCAAAGGUCUAUUUUCCAGAGAAAGACCAGCCGCCCAAGGACACAGCGAGAAAGCGAGACUCUACUAUGUGGUUGUUCCGUUGGGAUGAAACUCCGACUGUUUCUAUGCAGCCCGAGUUUGACAUGUCUCAACGCCACCAAGCCAGAGACAUCAAAUCCCCUGGUGCUGAGGGUACACGAUCAUCUCGUCUCGUAUCAUGACGACGAGAGCUCAGGUAGGCGCCUUGGGUCUAUCCGUCUUGAGUAAUGCGGCAGAGAGGAGCGACCUUUAGCGCAAGACAAGGUUAGAUGGAUGGUAAAUUCAGUAAACCCAUUAUACAGCACUUGGCUCACUCUCAAGCGCCACUACGAGCUUCCCAUAGCUCAGGUGAGCCUUGGGAGCGGACGAGAGGGUACUGUUUCUGUUUGUUUCUCCAGAUUGGAGAAGCAGUCCGCUGCCCAAGUUCCUGAUCCCGUGGCUGCACCCCGUGGCACGCCUGAUCCCCUGGCCACUGACCACGACACGACUCAUCCCGUAGUAGCUACCCGCGGCACGCCUGUUCCCAUGACCGCACCCUGCGGCUCGCUCACCCGCCUUCCUCCAAGGACGUCACAGCCCCUUUGUUCCCACCCGUCCCACCCUCACCUGAGUCUGCUGCACCCCGUGGGCCUCCUGUUCCGCCUGUGUCUGCUACUGUGUCCCCUGUUUUCUGCUCUUUCAUUUUUGCCCUCCUCUGUUCCUUGUGUGGUUUUGUUCCCUGCUGUUGUGUCUGUGCCCAUUCGUGUUGUGGUUCCUGUUCUUGUUUCUCCUUCUGUUUCUGUCCCGGUGUUUGUGUGUUGGUUUCCAUGCCUGUGUCUGUUUUGGUUCCUGUUCCCUUGUCUUUUGCUUGGUCUGUCUUAUGUUGUUGUUGUUUUCCUUAUCCUGUUGUGCCUCUGGUCGUCCCUCGUUCUGUGUUUUCUGUUCCUCCUUGUCCUCCCUCCUGGCCUUUGUUUUGUCCUCAGUCUGUUUCUGUUCUGUCUGUUCCGUGUUCUGCGUCUGUUUCUGCUCCUGUUUCUGUGCCUGUGCCUUCAGUUCCUGUGUCUGCCUUGUCUUCUGUCUUGUCCUCUGUUUUGCCUGCCCUGUUUCCUGGAUUUUUUUUGUCUUGUGUUUCUUGUGUUUUGUGACCUGUCCUGGUUUUGUUUUGCUUUUUUCUUCUGUUUGGCACGCUGUUUCGGCCUCUCCAAGUCCUCCAUGUGCUUUUGUUUUGGUUUUGGUCCUGUCCUGUGCUUAUGUUUUGCUUCCUUCCUGGUCCUGCCCCCUUGUUUUCAGAUCAUACACUUGAUUGUUUUCACCUAUUACCCUCUUGUUAACCACCUGUGUCUCGUUACCUGUCCCUGUAUUUAAGCCCUGUGUUUUCCCUCAUCUCUCGCUGGUCUUUGUCUGAAUUGUUUGAUUUGUUUAGUAUUUGUUAUUCUAGCCUCCGUUGUUUGUUGUUCCUGUGUUUCUUUGCAUGAUGUCUGUCCCUCCGUUUCUCCAUGUUGGAGGGUCUGUGACCCUGGACUGUUUUGACCCUGAGUUUGGAUUAUAG